UACUCGAGUGAAAACCCGUGCCGGCGUUAGAUAACAUCAUCGCCAUGUUUCCGCUGUGGGCGUUGGCCAUUCUGUUGGUGCUGUUGUACCGAUGGAGCACGUCGACGUACGAUUACUUCGAGAAACGUAAGAUUCCCUACGUCAAACCGGUGCCAUUCUUUGGCCAGGUGUUGUCAUUCUUCGUACAGCGGAAGCACGCGGUUGAUGUGGCCUCCGAGGGGUACAAGAUGUUCCCGAAUACGCGCAUCUCGGGCGUGUUUACGCUUCGUGAACCGGCAUAUCUGGUGCACGAUCCGGUGCUGUACAAACAGAUGGCCAUCAAGGAGUUUGACCAUUUCACCGACCACGUGGCGCAGCUAUCGCUCGAGGAUGAUCCACUGUUGGCCCGUUCGUUGUUCUUCACGAAUGGUUCCCGGUGGCGCCAUCAUCGUCACGGUUUGAGUCCUGCUUUCACCGGUAGCAAGAUGCGCAACAUGUUCGUGCUGCUGUCACAGAGUGUUGGCAAUGCCAUGCAACGAUUGGAGAAGAGCUCGCAGAAGAAACCGACGGCGAUGGAACUUCGGGAUCUGUAUUCGCGGCUCGGAAAUGACGUGAUGACCUCGAUCUCGUUCGGUGUAGAGGUCGAUUCGCUUACCGAUCGUGAUAAUAUGUUCUACCUGAAGGGCAAGCGAUUGGCCCAGAUCGAUGGUUUGCCAGGACUUAAGUUCAUAUUGUCCGCUAUCGCCCCUUCGAUCAUCCGCUGGCUGCACAUCGGUUUGAUGUACAAGGACGUGAACGAGUUCUACCUCGAGGAAACAUCGAAAAACAUCCGUUAUCGCCAGGCGAAUAAAAUCUCGCGACCUGAUUUCGUGCAAAUUUUGCUGCAGGCACGCGAGAACGAAAUUAGCUCGAAUAAGGCCGAGGACGAGGCACUGGAAAAUGCAGGAUUCUCUACCGCCACCACUCACACCCUUGUGCCGAAGGAUGGAGUGAAGCUGAAAUGGGAGGACAUCGAAAUAACGGCUGCCGGUGCCUCGUUCUUCUUCGGUGGCAUCGAGACAACGACGACGUUGCUUUGCUUUACCAGCUACGAGCUGGCCAUCAAUCCCUCGAUCCAGAACCGUUUGAGAGAGGAAAUCGAUGAAGUUCGCGAGGCACUACCAGAUGGAAGGACGCCAACGUACGAGGUGUUGCAGAAGAUGAAAUAUCUCGAUAUGGUCGUAUCGGAGACACUGCGCCGUUGGACACCGUUGGGUCUCACCAAUCGUCGAUGCACAAAGGAUUACACCUUCACCAACAGCGAUGGGAAUGUGAUCACGAUCGAAAAAGGCACAACCAUCUCUAUUCCGCUGAAAUCGUUCCAUCUGGAUGAGAAAUACUUCCCCGAUCCGCUACGUUUCGAUCCGGAACGCUUCGAGGAUCCGAGCCGGAUCAAUCAGGAUGCUUACGUGCCGUUUGGAACGGGAAUGCGUAACUGUAUCGGCUCUCGAUUGGCCCUGAUGCAGGCCAAGUGUAUUCUGUUCUACAUGCUCUCGCAUUACAGCUUCGAGCCCGACAGCAAGCUCGUCGUUCCUCUGGUGAUUGACGAAAAGUCCGCUGGAUUGAAUGCAAAGCACGGUUUCUGGGUGAACUUGGUACCGCGAAAGGUCUAACGCCCGUGGGUGAUAAGAUAAGCGUGAUAAGCGUUGACGAUAAGCAAUUGCCGUACAUGGGCUUGGUCGAUUUUUUACGAGCUAGCUAAAGGCUAGUGCUUUGCGAUGCUCGACAGUAGAAGCAACUGCUGUACCUAGAUGUUAGUUUAAUAAAGCAAGAAAAAUUGACCCAUUUUGCGUGUAACACUAUUAUUGAUAUUAUCAUCUGAUCGGUGAAAUCUGUAAAACGUUUUGAACUAUCUUGGCUUCUAAAUUGUACAUAAUGUGAUUAUGAAGUGUUGUGUUCAAUAAAGAAUUGAAUGGA